CUAACCACCCUGUCAUUUCAGCCCGUGGACACUUUUACGCACGGUUUGCGUAAUUUCACCGGUUUCUCUUGCUUCAUAUCCCCUCAUCAUUUACGCACGGUUCAUUCACUUUAAGGACACUACAACCACCACCACCAGCGAACAUUUGGCGAGACGAACUCCUGUGGACAGCAGCCAGACAUCUCUCGUUUUCAUUCGGACGCACACACGCAGCGAGGGGGCAAAUGAGCGAGCGGUCUGGACAGCGACACACGGCGAGGGGAGCGCGCAUGCCGGGGAGGGUAUUUUAAAAUCCACCAUUCUUUUUGUGGUUCGUGGAUCGUAAACAUUUAGAUGACUUUAUAAACAUGCACCUAUUGGGAAUAACUUUUUUAUUGGCUUAUCUGCUUUACGCAAACUUCGCCAGCACGGAUUUGAGCCAUUCCGACUAUUAUGAUUAUUACGAACAGGAGUCCAGUGACGAGCCGGACAGCCCUCCACAGCUGGACAUGGAGCAGAGGUUGCGUUCAGCGUCCACGGUGGAUGAGCUGAUGAGUCUGAUGUACCCUUCCUUCUGGGCGGCGCUCAAAUGCAGGUCCAAGCUGUCUGCCGCUGGGUCAAACGCCAAACUCCAGGCCCAGAUGCGAAGAUCCAGGCCUCAGACAGAUGAGCCCAAGUACGCUGCAGCCUACCUCAACCUGGACCUGCUCAAAAGUAUCGAGUCAGAGUGGAGGAAGACCCAGUGUGUCCCGCGAGAGGUGUGUGUGGAUGUGGCACGAGAGUUUGGGGCUCCCACAAAUCUCUUCUACAAACCCCCGUGCGUGUCCGUGUUCAGGUGUGGAGGAUGCUGCCACUCAGAGGACAAGCAAUGUCGCAACAUCUCCACAGGAUACGUCAGCAAAACUCUGUUUGAGAUCACCGUUCCCAUCACUCAGAACACCAAACCUGUGACCAUCAGUGUGGCCAAUCACACCCAGUGCAGCUGCCUCUCCAAACUGGACGUGUUCAAACAAGUGCACAGCAUCAUCCGCCGAGCUCUACCCGAUUGUCCCAUAGCCAACCGGACAUGUCCCCCUGGUCAGAGCUGGAGCUCCAGAGUGUGUCGCUGUGUGGGUCUGAGCUCUGGAGUUUACUACAACCCUCCUCCUCCUCCUAUGUCCAACACAAGACCUGCUCCACAGCACACCGAUUUCUUCUCCUCAGACGUGUGUGGGUCCGAUAAAGAGCUGGACGCAGAGACCUGUCAGUGUGUGUGUCGUCACGGUGACCGCCCCUGUGGCCCCAACCGCCAUUUUGACCGAAGCUCAUGCCAGUGCGUCUGCAGCUCCCACACCUGUCCCCCAAACUUCAGCUUCGACCCAGACACCUGUCAGUGCACCUGCGCCAAGUCCUGCCCCCGCAACCAGCCCCUCAACAAGUCCAAGUGUUCAUGUGAAUGUAACGAGUCGCCCAACAAGUGCUUCCUGAGAGGGAGGAGGUUCCAUCAGGGCACGUGCAGUUGUGUGCGACCUCCAUGUGAAGUGCGGAGGAGACGGUGUGAGCCCGGAUUCUCCUUUAGUGAAGAAGUGUGCCGCUGUAUACCGUCCCAUUGGAGAAGACUGGACUAGAAACAAAACCAAAAACCGAACUUUGAUCCAACUUUUCUCCCCAUCCCCUGAGCUGUGGAGGCAGCUAGAGACCCUAAACCACACGGGAUACUUUCAUAACAGGAGAAACAGACUCUGGUGAAGUGAAGGUGGAAAUGCACUGAUUUAAAGGACUUAAAAUGCAGGAGAACGGAGCCGAAGGGACAGA